AGUCAAUGGACGCGCGGAGAGGUUCUGGUGGCUGCAGCGGCACCGAGCAGUGGUCCAACUCCGCCUCAGUCCAGCAGACGCUCUCCGGUUUCAUCGCAAGCAAGGGCGUGAAGCGAAGACGAGAUGAUGAUGGACAAGGGUGGGAGCGCACCAUCGUGCACAUCGACGUCGAUUGCUUCUACGCCCAGGUGCCAAUACAACAAAGAUGCCCAAAAUGUGUUACUGCAUGCUGCGUGUGCGUCACCUUCAGUGUGAAGAGCUGAGAGAUCCGACGCUCCGUGGCAAGCCCGUUGGCGUACAGCAGAAGUUUCUGGUGCGCGCGAAUUGAGGCGUGCAGUAUCAUCCAUGCCGACGCGCACCGUCCUCUUGUGUUUCUGUACUGAGCAGGUGAUCACUUCCAACUACGCGGCUCGUCAGCAUGGGCUCACCAAGGGCAUGAACGUCAAGGAGGCCAAGCAGAAGUGUCCGCAGCUCAUCCUCAAGAGCGGCGAGAACCUCGACUUCUACCGUGAGACCUCUCAACGCAUCUUCGAGCUCCUCUGCAGCCCCAACACAUGGCGACCCAUGCUCCCCUCCUCCCGCACCCCGCACCCCAUCAAUGUGGAGCGCCUCGGCCUCGAUGAGUUCUUCAUCGACGUCACGCCACUGGUGACUGCCUACGACGACCGCAUUGAGCAGCUGGAGAGGGGCGGCACUCCAUCUGGGCAAGAGGCUGCCGAGCUGCCCGACAGUCGGCUGUCGAGUGUGUGUGGUAGCAGCAGUGUGUCGUUCGAGGGGCACGUCUACUCUCACGAGGGAGCCGAUCCAUCUAUCGCAGUGGAUUGUGAGUCGGCGAUGGGUGGGUGUGUGCGUCGCCUUGCCUUGGGUUCGAUUGCGUGCGGGUUCACGCGCCGCCUGCUGGUGGACAAGAUGCAGCUGACAACGUGUGGAGGUGAGAGGGGGCAGGGAGUGUAUGUGGUGCUCAUUUGGGCAGGUGAUGGGUGUUGGAUCACUUGCGUCAGGCGUGUCAUACAACAAGAUGCUGGCCAAGAAGGUGGGCGGUGAGCACAAGCCCAACCAGCAGACCUGUCUGCUGCCGGAUCGCGUGAAACAGUUCAUGCAGGUGAGUGACCCCCGCUGCCCCAUUCCUGUGCGUGGGCGCAUCCGUCAGCCUGCGUGCACCUCAUCUUGCGUCUUGGUGGUCAGGGUUGCACGUUGGGCAGCAUCCCGGGCAUUGGCUUUGCCACCUGCGCCAAACUCAAAGAGAGAGGGUAAGGGCACACGAACGAGCGGCGCAGUGCAGUGGAGGGAAGAAACAGAAACGGCCUGUCUGUACUGUGCACGUCUGUGUGCAGGCUGGCGAGUGUGCCUGACGUGUUGUCGAGCCCGCCUCACAUGAUUCGUGACGCAGUGGGUCACGACAUGGCCACAGUAGUGUUGCAGCUCUGCAACGGCAUCGACCCCACACCCGUCAAGCAGACAGGUCGAAGAAGAAUGCUCACUCGACUGCCUGCUAUAAGCGUAAACUGUCCCCCUGUCUGUGUGUGUCAGGUCCUCCCCAGAGUAUAAGUGUAGAGAACUCCUAUUGGGCGUCGCCGAUCUUUGGCCGCGAUGGCGUCAUGAGGGAGAUAACCAGGCUUGCUCCUCACCUCAUCCAGCGGUCGUGGGAACACACGGCGAGGCACAGACAGGUGCCACAGACAUUCAAACUUACCGUCAGGUACCACCAACUCAGAGAGAGCCAGCGAGGAUGCGAUUUCCAGCCAAGUAUGGACCUCUUUCUCCUCUGUCUGUGUAGGUUUGUGGGCAAAUCGAGCCGCGAGUGUCGACAGGCCGCCCUGCCCCCGAACGCCAUCCCUCGUGCACCGCCAGCCAGCGACCGCAGCUCUGCGGUGGGCGAGGGGGAACCUCAGUCGCCCCCUGUCCCUGGGGCCCUCAUAAGACUAGCUGCAUCACUGCUCAACAAACUGGUAAAGAAGGACACACGCCACCAGGGAUACACAGGCCGUCUGUUACAGUGGUUGUGUGUGUGUGGUGUGUGUGUGUGUCCAGGUGCCCGACACAUCUCGUCCGUUCCAUUGCAACAUCCUCAACCUGGCCCUCACCAACUUCCACAGCGCCCCGCCGCCCCCACUCACAUUCUCGCGUCCACAACCACCACAGCAAUCGCGAGCAGCUGCCGCCCAGCCCCCAUGCCCAGAGACGAUCGACCUUGACACAUUCGAUGAGGAGCAGAAACAGCCGUCAUGUCGGGUGCCUGAUGGUGUGGACGCUGCGUGGUUUAUGGGGCUGCCUGCCGGCAUCCAGGCGGAGGUGCGGCGGCAGCAUGUGAAUAGGGGAGGAGGGGGGCAUGGUGCCAGGGGAGGGGGGCGGGCGACGAGCAUUUUGGACUACGUCAAGAGACAAAAAGAGCCUUGAUGUGCUCGGAGGGCUACAGUCGGGAUGUUUUCUUCAUGUCCAUUCACAUGUUUUCUGGGCGUGUGAGAGCGGCAAAUGUUGUAGGCCCUGUACAGGUGUGCGUCUCGUCGGUGCUUCGUUCUCCUCCUCGUGUAUGGUUUGUGGUCUUGGUUGUCGGUCUCGAAGGUGCUGCCGACUGCCUGCUCAGGCAGCAACUUCCAGACCGACCGACCGCACCAUAAACCAACAGCACGUGCGGAGGGACACAAGACAAGUGUAGUGUGUACUUUGCCGAUUGACUGACGCCAUGCACUCACUAUGUGAUCCGUGUGUCAAGCGUUCUCAUCCAUGCCAGAAGAAGCGUAUAUAUGUCGAUAUUC